AUGCCGGCCAAUGGCAAAGCGACGGACGGCCCGCCACCUGUCCCUAGCGAGGGCGGGCGGCGGCGGGGAGGCGUCGCACUCCAUGGUAACGACGCCGGCCCGAAGAUGGCGGCCGCUGCGUCUGGAGGAGCGGGCGGCCCCGGGCCAGGGCCGCGAAGCCGCUGGGGCGGCUGCCUGUGGGUGCGAGGUGUCCUGCUCGUGCUGGGCGGGCUCCCGGCCGGCGCCGGGGCUGCGCCCAUCUCCCUGAGCACUUCGCCUCCGUGUCGGCAUCACGUCCUUUCGGACACUGAGGUCAUAAAUAAGGUUCACCUUAAGACAAAUCAUGUGACAAAGAGGGACACCGAUGGGCAUUUACGGAUCAGGACCAUCUAUGAUAAGAGCAUUGAAGAGUUGCUCCCUGAGAAAAGAAAUCUUGUAAAGAACAAACUUUUCCCACAAGCUAUUUCUUAUUUAGAGAAAACAUUUCAGGUUCGAAGACCUGCUGGCAGGAUCUUACUUAGCAGACAAUGUGCUACAAACCAGUACCUACGGAAAGAAAACGAUCCGCACAGAUACUGCACUGGAGAGUGCGCAGUGCACACCAAGUGUGGGCCUGUUAUCGUGCCCGAGGAGCAUCUCCAGCAAUGCAGGGUCUGCCGAGAGGGUAAGUGGCCGUGUGGAGCGGUGGGUGUGGUGGACCCACAGGGCGUGCAGGACGCAGACUUUGUUCUUUAUGUUGGUGCUCUGGCCACUGAGAGAUGCAGCCACGAAAACAUCAUCUCCUACGCAGCCUAUUGUCAGCAGGAGGCAAAAAUGGACAGGCCCAUAGCAGGAUAUGCUAACCUGUGUCCAAAUAUGAUCUCCACCCAACCACAAGAGUUUGUCGGGAUGCUCUCCACAGUAAAGCACGAGAUCAUUCAUGCCCUGGGUUUCUCGGCCGGGCUUUUUGCCUUCUACCAUGAUCAGGACGGAAAGCCCCUGACUUCAAGGUCUGCAGACGGCCUCCCGCCUUUCAACUAUAGUCUUGGCUUGUAUCAGUGGAGUGAUAAAGUGGUUCGGAAAGUGGAGAGAUUGUGGAAUGUUCGAGAUAAUAAGAUAGUUCGCCACACUGUGUAUCUCCUAGUAACACCACGUGUUGUUGAAGAAGCUCGGAAGCAUUUUAACUGUCCAGUCCUAGAGGGGAUGGAGCUUGAAAACCAAGGUGGGAUGGGCACAGAGCUCAACCACUGGGAGAAGCGCUUGCUAGAGAAUGAAGCAAUGACUGGUUCCCACACCCAGAACAGAGUCCUGUCGCGGAUCACCCUGGCACUAAUGGAGGACACUGGCUGGUACAAAGCAAAUUACAGCAUGGCGGAGAAACUUGACUGGGGUAGAGGAAUGGGCUGUGAAUUUGUCCGGAAGAGCUGUAAAUUCUGGAUUGAUCAGCACAGGCAAAAGAGGCAGGUACCCAGCCCGUUCUGUGACACGCUCAGGAGUAACCCACUGCAGUUGACCUGCAGACAGGACCAGAGAGCCGUGGCUGUGUGUAACCUGCAGAGAUUUCCUAACCCUUUACCACCCGAGUACCAGUACUUUGAUGAGCUCAGUGGGAUAUCUGCCGAGGACUUGCCUUACUACGGAGGGUCAGUAGAAAUCGCCGACUAUUGCCCUUUCAGUCAGGAAUUCAGCUGGCAUUUAAGUGGCGAAUACCAGCGCAGCUCCGACUGUAGAAUACUGGAAAAUCAACCAGAGCUGUUUAAGAACUACGGGGCAGAGCAGUACGGGCCGCACUCGGUCUGUCUGCUGCAGAAGUCAGCGUUCGUCAUGGAGCAGUGCGAGAGGAAACUCAGCUACCCAGACUGGGGGAGUGGGUGCUACCAGGUUUCUUGUUCUCCUCAAGGUCUAAAGGUUUGGGUUCAAGACACUUCGUAUCUGUGCAGCCGGGCAGGACAGGUGCUCCCCGUCAGAAUUCAGAUGAACGGCUGGAUUCACAAUGGAAACCUGCUGUGCCCCUCCUGCUGGGACUUCUGUGAGCAGUGUCCACCGGAAACAGACCCUCCACCUGCCAACCUGACUCGAGCCCUUCCUCUGGAUCUCUGCUCCUGUUCUUCUAGCCUGGUGGUCACGCUUUGGCUCCUCCUCGGCAAUCUGUUCCCUCUGCUGGCUGGGUUCCUUCUGUGUGUGUGGCACUAGGCGUGGAAAAAUGAAUUCUCAAGACGACAGUUUUGUCAAGUUCCCAUGAACAAAGCACAGGACCUGGGUGAGCGCCAGCCCGCAGGUACGCCAUUCCCGAGGCUGUCCGCAGUAGGACUAUGAAGAGUGAGCCACCCAGGGUGACUGCUCCAAAGCUGUCACUCCAUACCUGCCUCACAGCCACCUGGAAUGUGAAGAGGAACUGGCCCAAGGCUCCGUAGUUCAUGGACAUGCAAUCUCCUGGCGGACGGUGGGAUUUGCCAGUCACAUACCUCGGCGUUUGCAGACAUCAACCGUCCAUGAGCCUCCAGGUCACUCAGAGAGCAAGCAGCUGACGGCCCAGUCCAGAGUUCAAGUUGAGGAUCCUAUCCUCCAAAGUACCAAACUGGUCAUCAGGAUUUCAGAUUUCCCGCCACCACUGCAGCUGUUUUAAGUGAACAUCUGGAUGUGAUGCCCUUGAACCAUCACUCCUUCCAUUCUGCUAGAGCGUCUGACUCGACUGUGUUUGCCUUUCCUGCCAGCUGUGUGGCUGCUCGCUGAGCUGUUGUUGGUUUGUCGUUAGCCCUCUGCCCCUGAUCAGCCAUCUCACGUGAGCUUAGAGUCCUCUUGCUUUCUUCAUUAAUUUCAUGGCAACUUGGAAAACCGUGGGAAAGCGUGAAGUAAGAGUGUGCAGUCAGAGGGUUGAAAUCGUGCAAACAGAAGAUGGCAUGAUUGUCGGGAAUCCAUCAAAACCCCACUGAUCCUUUCAUGCCUAUGUAAAUGUAAAGGUUUAGACAUGCAUAGGCAUGCAGUUACUUCCAAGAGGACUGGGCUGUGAGAGAAUUACUGCUGAAUCACAAACUUAUUUCAUCGACAAGAAGAAAAAAACUCAAGACAAGGUCAUCUGAAUUGCUUCCUAACAGCAAAGCUUAGGUUUGGGGUCCAGCCUGCCCACUGGCCCAUCUGGACUCUGUCACAGCGCCUGUGUAUUACCUCUGUUUACAUGUCUGACUCCUCCCAUGUCUCACACUCCUGUACCACACGGAUUCUGUGAAAGCAAUCCUCCUGCACCAGAGCUUACCAACCCUCUAGUAACUUAACUUUGACACUCUUUAACAAAAAGCGAUAUUCUGGUUUUCUCCCUAAAGAUAAUCAAUUACUGUAGUGUUAUAAACAGCCUUUGGGACCAGCAAGAUGGCUCAGUGGUAAAGGCACUUGCCACCAAGCCUAAAGUCCCGAGUUUGAUUACUGGAGACCACAUGGAACAAGAAAGAGACUCCUGAAAGUUGUCCUCUGACCUACACACACACACACACACACACACACACACACACACGUAAGUGUAAAGCAGUUUUUAACAUGAAACAUGUUAUUUAGACACACUUUUUUUCCCUCUGUUCUAUUCAGCAUAUAGUUAUUUCAUAUUCUAUUUAAGACAUUUACAAGUAAAGUGGAACAUGGUGGCCUAUAAUCCCAGAAGGAUCAUGAGUUCAAGAUCAUCCUCAGCUACAUAGGGAAAUUCCAUUAGAAGCCAGUAUUGGCUUUAUGAAACACUUGGGAGCAGGCAGGAGAAAGGAAUUGUGUAAGGAAGCAGAGCACCGUGGAAUAAGCACCCACUCUAACCAGCUGUGGCACCGCAGCCUCAGAGUAAAGGAAAGCUCACCUUCUUAAAGGCAGAAAUUUGAAGUAUGUUCUUGCAUGCAGUAUAAUUUGGAGGUACGCAUCACUGUGCAAAGCUGAGGCUCCUAAACUCAGCCCACUGCAGCUCUAAGGGCCAUUGUCUGCACAACAGUGCUCCGGGCCCUGCCAGCCUUCUGCAGUCUUUAAGUUGUACGAAGUCAGAGAAAAGUAAGUAUAUUUUUAAAGAAAUGUUUGGCGAGCCUUCGAGUGACAGACACAAGAUGGUGGCCACCACAGGCUUGGGAGUAAAAGUCCCAUGAGAUUUCCAACUGUUGGAAGAGCUGGAAGAAGGCCAGGAAGGAGCAGGCAAUGGCACAGCUAGCUGGGGUCUGGAGGACGACGAGGACACGACACAAGACGGACAGGCAUAAUUGGGCCUCCACGAACAAUAUGUGAAAACUGAAUACACAGCCUUAAAAUAGAAUGCGGGCCUAAGUACCCAGAAGCACCGCCGUCUCUAACAUGUGUAACGAGUCAAUACGAGCAGUGUGAGCAGUUCUAAUGGAGUGGUGGCUCCAAGAGCCACGGCAGUGCUGGCAAAGGCAGAACACCCACAGCAUCAAAGUCAUCCUGCAGGAACUGUGGCACCUGAUGAUGUCAAAAGAGAGCAGGAAGCUGGCACAGCCACCAGAAGGACAGUGUUUCCGCAGUUAGUCACCAAGGCCUGGCCUCCCCUCCCCAUCCCACCCGAGUCUUCAUUUUCCACAGUACUGAAUUUUCCAGAUAUAUCUGUAGACCUCAAAGUACUGGGGAGGAAGCCCCACUCAGACUUCAUCCUGAGACACUGUUCUGAUACUAACUUCUUGUCCAUUCGAAAUACCUAAGUUGUGCUGUGUAGCAUCAUCUGUGAGUGUAGCCGCUGUCUGCCUGGCUGGCAUCAAGAAAGUGAUGAAAUGGGUUUCCUUUGGUGAGCGUGGGCACAGCUAAUGCCACUGUGAAUGGACCGUCACACAAUUACCUGCUGCUGACACUAGGCCUGGGUCUACCUUUGCCUGCCCCGCCCUCCGCCACAGCUGUGUGGUGGCCCUUAGAGCAGCAGAUGGGAAGGCUUCCGGUAGCAGCCGUGGGACUGACUACUGCUGGGCUUGGGGGCGCUUUAGCUGUACCCCUGCUUUCUUAAGUCUUAAGUGAUGCCCCAUCCAAGCCACGGUCCCCACUCCUCCACUCCCGCCCUUGGCCAAAGUUUAGAUUGUAACCCUCCCCUCCCUCUGAAGUUGGCUGCAGGUGAGGAAUUCAGGGCUUCCCGUCUGUCUCCCCACCGUUAUCCAGGGGUGCUGCUUUCCCCUUCUCAA